AAGUGAACAAUAACCUUUUCUCUUUCUUUGCCAGCCAGAUAACAUGGGACACUCAACCUCCUUUCUCAGCCUGGUAGACCUCUCAGGGAAAGGGACAGGAGAACAGUGAAGUGUGAAUCUGCCAAACUCCAUGCCCUCUUGGAUCUCAGCCGCCUCGCUUAUCCACGCAAGGGGGCAAUAGUUUAACCCCAAAUGUGCAAUGUCCCUUUCGGCGAAGGGGGUUCGAUGCCCCCGUAUCCCCUACUCACGGGGGCCCUGCGUGCCACUCCCUGGUUCUCCUAGUGGUCCUUCUGCGCUGGGUCAGCUGCCCCGCGCCCACACUGCGCACCGAAGCCCGCCUAGCGCUAACUAAUGUUUAACUCCGGCCGAAACUUGGCGGCGAGCUCAGGGUGACUGCGUGCAGAGAGCAGUGGCGCAGGACGUCCGUCCGCGCGGUGACUUCUGCCUGCGCUCAAGCUUCAGAGUUCAGUUUCAAGGAGCCGCCCGACCAUGAAGACACCAUGGAAGGUUCUUCUGGGACUGCUCGGUGUCGCUGCGCUUGUCACCAUCAUCACCGUGCCAGUGGUUCUGCUGAACAAAGAUGAAGCAGCAGCUGACAGCCGCAGAACUUAUUCAUUAGAUGACUAUUUAAAGAAUAGCCUUCGGAUCAAGUCCUACUCCUUGUGGUGGGUUUCAGAUUUUGAAUACCUCUACAAACAAGAAAACAAUAUCUUACUAUUCAAUGCUGAACAUGGAAACAGCUCCAUUUUCUUGGAGAACAGUACCUUUGAAAACUUUGGGUAUCAUUCGGUGUCACCCGAUCGACUGUUCGUUCUCUUCGAAUACAACUAUGUGAAGCAAUGGAGACACUCCUACACAGCUUCAUACAGUAUUUAUGACUUGAAUAAAAGACAGCUGAUCACAGAAGAGAAGAUUCCAAAUAAUACACAGUGGAUCACAUGGUCACCAGAAGGUCAUAAAUUGGCAUAUGUCUGGAAGAAUGAUAUUUAUGUUAAAAUUGAACCUCAUUUACCUAGUCAGAGGAUCACAUCAUCAGGAGAAGAAAAUGUAAUAUAUAAUGGAAUAAAUGACUGGGUUUAUGAAGAGGAAAUCUUUGGUGCCUACUCUGCACUGUGGUGGUCUCCAAACAGCACUUUUCUAGCUUAUGCCCAGUUUAACGACACAGGAGUGCCACUCAUUGAAUACUCCUUUUAUUCUGAUGAGUCAUUGCAGUACCCCAAGACAGUGUGGAUUCCAUACCCAAAGGCAGGAGCUGUGAAUCCAACUGUAAAGUUCUUUAUUGUAAAUAUAGACUCUCUCAGCUCAGCCACUAGUCCGGCUCACAUCCAAAUCACUGCUCCUGCAUCUGUGGCAACAUGGGAUCACUAUUUAUGUGAUGUGGUGUGGGUUACGGAAGAAAGAAUUUCAUUGCAGUGGCUCCGGAGGAUUCAGAACUAUUCCGUGAUGGCUAUCUGUGACUAUGAUAAGGCCAACGGAAUAUGGAACUGUCCAUCGGAGCAGCAGUACGUUGAAAUGAGUACCACGGGCUGGGUCGGAAGAUUUAGGCCUGCAGAACCCCACUUCACCUCUGAUGGAAGCAGCUUCUAUAAGAUCAUCAGCGACAAAGACGGGUACAAACACAUCUGCCACUUCCAGAAAGAUAAGAAAGAUUGUACAUUUAUUACAAAAGGAGCCUGGGAAGUCAUUGGUAUUGAAGCUCUGACCAGCGAUUAUCUAUACUAUAUUAGUAAUGAAUAUAAAGAAAUGCCAGGAGGAAGAAAUCUUUAUAAAAUUCAACUUACUGACCACACAAAUGUGAAGUGCCUUAGUUGUGACCUGAGUCCAGAAAGAUGUCAGUAUUACGCGGUGUCAUUUAGUAAAGAGGCACAAUACUAUCAGCUGGCAUGUUGGGGCCCUGGGCUUCCCCUUUACACUCUACAUCGCAGCACGGAUCAUAAAGAGCUACGAGUCUUGGAAGACAAUUCUGCUUUGGAUAAAAUGCUGCAGGAUGUCCAAAUGCCUUCAAAAAAAUUGGACUUCAUUGUUUUGAAUGGAACAAGAUUUUGGUAUCAAAUGAUCUUGCCUCCUCAUUUUGAUAAAUCCAAGAAAUAUCCUCUACUAUUAGAUGUAUAUGCAGGUCCCUGUAGUCAAAAAGCAGAUGCUGCCUUCAGACUCAACUGGGCCACUUACCUUGCAAGCACAGAAAACAUCAUAGUAGCUAGCUUUGACGGCAGAGGAAGUGGUUACCAAGGAGAUAAGAUCAUGCAUGCAAUCAACAGAAGACUGGGAACAUUGGAAGUUGAAGAUCAAAUUGAAGCAGCCAGGCAAUUUGUAAACAUGGGAUUUGUGGACAGCAAGCGAGUUGCAAUUUGGGGCUGGUCAUAUGGAGGGUAUGUAACCUCAAUGGUCCUAGGAUCGGGAAGUGGCGUGUUCAAGUGCGGAAUAGCCGUGGCACCCGUGUCACGGUGGGAGUACUAUGACUCAGUGUACACAGAGCGUUACAUGGGCCUCCCAACUCCAGAAGACAACCUUGACCAUUACAGGAACUCAACAGUCAUGAGCAGAGCUGAACAUUUUAAACAAGUUGAGUACCUCCUUAUUCAUGGAACGGCAGAUGAUAAUGUUCACUUCCAGCAGUCAGCUCAGAUCUCCAAAGCCCUGGUGGAUGCUGGCGUGGAUUUCCAAGCAAUGUGGUACACAGACGAAGACCAUGGGAUCGCUAGCAGCACAGCUCACCAGCACAUCUAUUCCCACAUGAGCCAUUUCCUCCAGCAGUGCUUCUCCUUACACUAGCACGGCACAGCUAUCCACAGUUUAUUUAAGAACACAUUUGUUCUCAUUAUCUCAAAAGUGCACUGUUAAGAUGAAGAUCUUAAUAAUGUUGCAUCGAGAAAUUUCAGGCUGCUUUCCAGUUUUAUACCUGCAAUCCUAACUAAGGAUGCCUGUCUUCAGAACAGAUUAUUACCUUACAGCAAUUUGGAUUUUCCCCUCUGUUUUGUUUAUCAUUUAAAAUCAUUUCCACAUCAGCUGCUGAAACAACAAAUAUAAAUUAUUUUUGCAAGAGCUAUGCAUAGAUUUCCUGAGCAGAAUUUCAAUUUUUUUCUCUUACUAGACUGGUCCAAAUCUCGUUUCCCUUAUUUAAGUGGAUGACAAGAUGUGGGUAAUGAUGUCAUUAGGGCAGCAACAAGAGAAGAGGGAGCAGGGAGUAUGCCUAGGAACCCAGGUCCAAACAUACAAACCAACCAGGCUACUGUCAGCUCGCCUCGAGAAGAGCUGUUCACUGCCAGACUGGCACAGUUUUCUGAGAAAGACUAUUCAAACAGUCUCAGGAAAUCAUAUAUGCAAAGCACUGACUUCUAAGUAAAACCACAGCAGUUGAAAAGACUCCAAAGAAAUGCAAGGGAAGCUGCCAGCAAUGCAAGGGCCCCAGGUGCCAGUUAUGGCUAUAGGUGCUACAAAAACACAGCAAGGGUGAUGAGAAAGCAUUGUAAAUGUGCUUUAAAAAAUUACCAAUGUCUCCUAGUGAAGAGAGGCAGCUUGGAACAUAUCGACUUGCCCUGUUAAAAGUUGAAAAUAUUUGUGUCACAAAUUCUAACAUGAAGGAAUACUUGGGUUAGUUUUUCCUACUUCAUUUCUUUGAGCAUUUUAAUUAAAAUAUUUUAACUUCAUUAGCUUUUUAAUGGAAAAUUAAAUGACAAUGUUUUGUGUUAUUAUUUCUAUUCUACACACUGGAAUUUUGCCUGGUCAUUUAGUAAAUAUGCUUCCAUUUUUCAGAGGUAAUGGGUUAUAUCUUGAAUCAAACUUAAACUGCAUUGACAUAUGGACACAUUUGUUCAAAGGUUCUUGUUUAACUUGUUAGAAAUCCAAGACUGUCUUGUAAACAUGGAAAGAGUUCAGCUUUUAAAAAAAUUUAGAUACAUAAAACUGUUUAAAGUUAAAUGACUCAUAAGAGUUUUUCUAAUACCCUCUGAAAUUUCUAUUUUCACACUUAUCACAUAGCUUUGGAGAAAUCAACUAACAAUAAUUUGGUCAUUUACAUACUAUGGAAUCCAUAAUAUAAUUUAACCUACGGGAGCAUGUGAGGUUCACAGCAUGACACAGACUACUAUCAGCAGAGUCAUUUGGUAGACAUGUCCUCCAGGGUUUUGUCUCUGGUCUCUUCUUGUGGGGUGUUAUAUAAUAGAAAACAUACAUUCUGAUACUAACCUUGACUUAGCAAUAUUUGGAUAACUUAGAAAAUACACUUUGUUUCAGUUAUUUAUAACACAGCUGCACUUUUAAAAUGGCUUCACACAUUUAAAUGCAGUUUCAGACCAAUUCGCUAGAUAAAAUUAUCAUGGACAGGUGAGCCACAAUGUAAAUUCCAAACAUGGAAGAAAUGGAAACUAUCUAUCAAGUGAGAAUGGGAUUAGAUAUUCAUUCCAAUGAGCUUGAUGCCAUUUCCAAGGCACUCCACAGAUUCAUUUCACCUUAAGUAACUCUCGAGUCAUACUCUUCCACUGCCAGCACUGCUGGUACUUAAAUCUGUAGGUUUCUGGCUAUUAAUCUUAUUUUUGAACACAGCUCUCUCACCGUGUGCAGCAACAUCCAUCUACAAAGUUCUAAUCAAGGGACAGAGGUAACACAUGUUCCUGAGAGUGUGAAAACAUAAAAGCAAAUUAAAUAGAAAUCAUCUUUGUGAAUGCAUCAAUCUAAGCCUCAUUGUAUGAAGUAUCAUAUAAUAUUUAUAUAAUAGCCAAAUCAUGAUAUUUUUUGUUCUUUUCAUUUCUAAAUAUGUUGUUUCUGGAGCCUGAACUAAUAAAAAUAUCACAGCAUGCAUUUUUCAGGCAAUGAUGGUUUCAAAUGGUGAUAAUGUGAAUAAAUUCAGUUUUUAUUUGACUCUCAUAGGACAAGUUUUACUGUUCAGUAAGAGUUGUAAAUUAGAUUAAGAACCUGAUGUAUAAGUUAUAGAUAAGCUUAAUUUAAGGGUAAGUCUGAAAAGCACAAGAGCUAGUAAUGCCACUAACGUACACAGAGCUGUCUCUUAGGGGCAUAUGUAGCCUCUCUAAGCACACGAAUCAAGCUUCCUCUUCAGAGCCCGCCAGCACCAGGGGCGCAUGCGCUAACGGAAGGCCGUCCCUAUGCCUCAGGAUCCUGGACCACUUCAGUCUGUGCCAUUCUGGGCAUUGUGGUUCUCAGAGUAUUAGCAGUUCCACCUCUUGGCACUUACUGUUUUUGCUCUAAGUUGGAGUGAGAAUACUGGUUUAUAAGAUUACUAGAUUUGUACAAUAUUUAAGAUUCAAUAAAUUCUAAGUGAAAAAACAUACCAAAACACAAGCAUGUUUUUUUUCCUAAAAUAAGAUAAUUUUGUUGUGCCAACUUUAUGACAGCUAUUUCAGCAGCAUUUUCACAUACAUCCUGAGUGACCUGAAGCAUGCAUUUGGGAUGUUUUGGGGGACACAGAUGGCUGAGAAUGAAACACAAGUGGGAGGUUAUAAAGCAUGGCAUCACUGGCUACCCCAUAAGAAAAUCUCAGAGAUUGGGUUAAUAAGACCACUAUGAAGCUCAAUAUAGUUGAUCAUCUCUCUGCAUUCAUAUUUCUCUAACAGUAUUAAAAUUUAAGCCCAAGAAUAUGAAUUAAUAAAAAUAUUUUUUUACAGAUACUGAAAAAAGUAUGUCCCUCAAGGCAUAUAGGCCUAUGGUUUGCAUCCAUCCUGAUUCUGUGAUCCUUUAAUACAGUUCCUCUUGUGGUGUUGACCCACAACCACAAAAGUAUUCUCAUUGAUACUUCAUAACUGUAAUUUUGCUACUAUGAAUCAUAAUGUAAAUAUCUGUGUUUUCCAAUAGUCUUAAGUGACCCUUGCAAAAGUUUUGCUAGACCUAAAGGGCUCAUGACACACAGGUUAAGAACUGUUGUUAUAAACUAUAAAUGUCAACAAUUUAAUAAAUAGUCCUUGC